GAGCCGCCGCUUUUUUGCAGGGUAAACAGUACGCUAAGUCUAGGGUUAGAUAUAAAUAAAAGUUUCCCUUUCUCUCUUCUCUUGCAGUCUCCCUUCCGAAGGCGAAAUUUUGGGGCGAAGUAGAACCGCGGGAACCCUAGUAAGAGGAGAGAGCCUCCGAGUUCCAAAACCCUAGAAAAAAUCUCGGAGGAGCUCCUUGCAAGAAUCCCCGGGAUGCCUCCGAAGUCCUCCAAAUCGAAGGACGCCGCCCCCGAGCGGCCGAUUCUGGGUCGGUUCUCGUCCCAUUUGAAGAUUGGAAUCGUUGGAUUACCAAAUGUUGGGAAGUCAACCCUUUUCAACACGCUUACAAAGUUGUCAAUCCCAGCAGAGAAUUUCCCUUUCUGUACCAUAGAACCCAAUGAGGCACGGAUUAAUGUCCCUGAUGAGCGGUUUGAUUGGCUUUGUCAAUUAUACAAGCCAAAGAGCGAGGUAUCAGCUUUUUUAGAAAUACAUGACAUAGCUGGACUUGUAAGAGGGGCUCAUGAGGGACAGGGUUUGGGGAACAACUUCCUAUCCCACAUACGUGCAGUUGAUGGCAUCUUUCAUGUAUUGAGAGCAUUUGAAGAUCCAGAAAUAAUUCAUGUUGAUGACUCUGUGGAUCCUGUUAGGGACUUGGAGACCAUAACUGAGGAACUACGACUUAAGGAUGUAGAAUUCAUCGAGAGAAGGUUGGAGGAUCUUCAAAAGAGCAUGAAAAGGAGCAAUGACAAGCAGCUAAAACUAGAACAUGAAUUAUGUGAGAAGGUUACAGCAUGGCUAAAGGAUGGGAAAGAUGUUCGUCUAGGUGAUUGGAAAGCUGCUGAUGUUGAGAUCUUGAACACUUUCCAGUUACUUACUGCUAAACCUGUUGUCUAUUUGGUGAAUAUGAAUGAGAAAGACUAUCAAAGAAAGAAAAACAAGUUUCUACCGAAAAUACAUGCAUGGGUGCAGGAUCAUGGUGGUGAGCCUAUUAUUCCUUUCAGCUGUGUUCUGGAAAAGAAUCUUGUAGAUAUGCCAGAGGAUGAAGCUGCUAAAUACUGUGAGGAAAACAAAGUACAGAGUGCUAUACCUAAAAUCAUAAAGACUGGUUUUGCUGCAAUCAACCUUAUAUACUUUUUCACUGCUGGACCAGAUGAGGUGAAAUGUUGGCAGAUCAGACGGCAAACCAAAGCCCCUCAAGCUGCGGGUGCCAUCCAUACUGAUUUUGAAAAAGGUUUUAUAUGUGCUGAGGUUAUGAAGUUUGAAGAGCUAAAAGAACUGGGCAGUGAAGCUGCAGUCAAGGCUGCUGGGAAGUACAGGCAAGAAGGAAAGACCUAUGUUGUUCAGGAUGGUGACAUUAUCUUCUUCAAAUUCAACGUUUCUGGUGGUGGGAAAAAGUGAAGACUCUUUUUUGAAGGUGAUUAAUCCUCUCUAAGAUGCUGCUUAGUUCAUGCUUCUAUUGUCAUGCAUUUGGAUUGCCUUUUUCCUGUAUUCUGCUUCACUAGAUGGAGGCCAUUUAUGUUCUUGGGUUGGUCGAAUGAAGUUGUACUUCCUGAGUAAGAUUCAAAAUUUUUCCCAGAAACAAAUUGUAAGGACACUGAUUACUACCAUAUGUAAUAUUUUUUUUAUGCAGCCUUUCAGAUCCUUAUAUGCACACCAAGUACCGACAAGAUGCGGAGAACUAUAUUUCUAUUGUCGGGUUGAGUAAAUUUUUACUAACCAAGUCCAUAACUGAAAAUAUCUGGAUGCUGAUGAUCACUUUAAAGAUCUCCACUGAUUUUUAUAGAUUUAUUUUUAAGUUUCCCUUAAUAAUGACAGUAUCUUGUCUUCCCUCGAAUUGUGCUUUGCAUAAUCGCUUCCUGAAUUGAGCUGCUUUCAUAAAUCAAGCUGUUUGCACUCCCAUGGAAGUUUUCUUUUUUGGAAACGAAACAGCAUCAGUUAUGUACUGACCAGAAAUUUGAAUGCCUUGCGUUGUCUACAUAUUCAUGGAACUACAAAUUAGGUUACCAUUUUCCCUUGUGUUAAUGAUGCUGAUUAUGUCAAUGGCUCUUUCACUAUAUUAUGUAUAUAUGGUUAUUGAUC